AUGACGGCCAACGGUACUAUCAAGCGGAAUCCCCUCCCCCACGGUUUCUACGUGCCUACCGUAGCAUUCUUCGAGGCCGACGAAGAGGUCGACCUGGCGACAGUCGAGAAGCACGCCGUCUAUCUGGCCCGCAGCGGUGUCACCGGUCUGGUUACCCAAGGCAGCAAUGGUGAAGCCGUCCACCUGGAUCGCGCCGAGCGCAACGCCAUCACUGCCGCGACUCGCCGCGCCGUCGAUGCCGCUGGCUACACCACAAUGCCAGUGAUCGCGGGCUGCGGAGCUGCCUCCACACGCGAGACUAUCCAACUGUGCAAGGAUUCAGGAGCAGCAGGUGCCGACGCGGUCCUGGUGCUACCGCCCAGUUACUACAAGGCGCUGGUCAACACCGAGUCGAUGCACGCCCACUUCCGCGCUGUGGCCGAUGCCUCCCCCAUCCCCGUCCUCAUCUAUAACUUCCCCGGCGCCUCGUCCGGAUUGGAUCUCUCCUCAGACGAUAUCCUGGCCUUGGCCAAGCACCCCAACAUUAUUGGUUGCAAACUCACCUGCGGUAACACGGGCAAGCUGGCGCGGAUCGCCGCGGGCGCAAAGUCCGAUUUCUUGACCUUUGGUGGUUCCGCCGACUUCACGCUGCAGACUCUUGUUGCUGGUGGUGCGGGUAUCAUUGGUGGCACUGCCAAUAUUAUUCCACGAUCAUGCGUGCGGGUGAUGGAGCUGUAUCGCGCGGGCAAGGUUGAGGAGGCACAAAAGCUGCAAGCGAUUGUUGCCCGAGCGGACUGGGCUGCCAUUCAUGGUGGAUUUGUUGCGGUCAAGAGUGGGCUGCAGUCAUAUCACGGAUACGGUGGUCUACCUCGACGUCCCUGCGUGGAGCCCUCUGCAACGGCCGCCGCGGCCAUUCAGGAGGAAUUCCGUGAGGGUAUCGAGUUGGAGCGGAGUCUGGAGAAGUCAGUCUAG